AUGAUUAGUCCAUCUAAUCCAGGGUUUGAAAAAUAUAACUUAUCACGGCGCGGUUACAAAUGGGACGUACCUAUAUGGUACAAAGCAGGCAACGGAACUCUGAAUUUCGAAUGGCUUAGAAGAGAUGAACCUCUCCUAAUCAAUGUGGAUCGUUCCGGCCCUGUAGUAAUAAACGGCGAUCGUCGCGGAUACUUCAGACAAAAUUAUGAUAGUGCUGGCUGGAACCGCAUUAUAAAGCAGUUGAAAGAAGACCAUAAAGUUUUCGAUUACCGUACAAGAUAUGUACUUUUGAGCGAUGCCUUUGCUGCAGCUAUUAUCGAUCAACUGGAUUAUGCUACAUUGUUCGAGCUGCUUGAGUAUACACCUUCCGAAAAGGUAAGAACUAGAUUAGAACUCCAACUGUUAUAAGU